UCUGUUUCUCUUUUCCACACUCACAACACACCAAUCUCCAACCAUAAAUAAAUGCCUCUCCCACUCUCUCCCAUGAAUCACCACCUCACAACACCACCAUUCAUUUCUAACUCUAUCACACCAAAACUUGAAUUUUCAAAGAGAGAGAGAAAAUAAAAACAUCAUGGGCAUUAGAAAAUCCAACAAGCUACCACAACCAGAUGUUAUAAUCAAGCAAAUCGUCAAAAGAUGUUCAAGUUUUGGAAAGAAAAAUGGAUACAAUGAAGAGGGUCUUCCUGAAGAUGUACCAAAAGGUCAUUUUGUUGUCUAUGUUGGAGAAAACAGGACAAGAUAUAUUGUUCCAAUUUCAUGGUUGCCUCAUCCACAAUUUCAAACUUUGCUUCAAAGAGCUGAAGAAGAAUUUGGAUUCAAUCAUGACAUGGGACUUACUAUUCCUUGUGAUGAAGUUGUUUUUGAGUUUCUUACUUCAAUGAUUAGAUAAGGAGAAAAGGGCUUUGUCACAUUUGAUCAUAGUGAGGUUUAUUACUAUAAAUCCCUUUCUCAAGUUGUGGUACUAAGUCUAACUAAGUAAAGGAACUAUUAAUAUUAACACUUCUACAUUUUUUAUUGUAAUUGUAAUAUACACAUGCCAAAGAGAAUUUCCUUGGUAGUGCCAAUUGUAUUCUUAAAGAGUAAAGAUUUCUUUCAAUGUUACAAAAAUGUUUUGGUUUUUAUUUUCAUUUCCUUGCUUUGGUUGUUUGAUGAAUUCAACUUGAAAGAGAAAGUGAUUAGAAAUAAAUAGUUG